AUGUAUAGCGCACAAAAUAAAGCUGCUAAUCUUUAUCAGCAGCCUCAACAACCUCAACAGAGGAAUUUUAUGGUUCAAUCGCAGCAAUCCAAUGCACAUGGCGUAUGGCAGCAGCAACAGAUAGCUGAUAGUAAAGGAAACGGAAAUGGAGGAGGAAAGCCACUAUUAAUGGCAAACAACAACGUAUUUUCAAUAGGUCCAUACAAAAAAAGGAAAGAUGCGACUCGAAUUUCAGUAGUGGAGAAGUACGAAAUCAUUGGAUACAUUGCAGCUGGUACUUACGGAAAAGUAUACAAAGCAAAAAGGAAAGAUAUUGCAACAAGUACCUCAGGCUCUUUGGAUAUCGAGUCGAAUGCAACUGUGAUGUCAACUGACAUUGCUAGCAACACGGAACAACCAUUAGAUGUGAAUUCGAUCAAUAGGUCUACAAGAGCUCAGGAACCGGGCUCCACUGCCCCUAAGGUACGAAAUGAAAGUUAUGAUCAGCCGCAGAAAAAAGCAACAACCUCUACAGAACUUCCCAUCACUGCAUCGGAUCAACUUCUGCCCAAUCGAUCGAAGCCUUUGAGUGGUUCUUCGAUGAUUAGCUUGCCCAUUAAUAAACCGACUCCAUACUACGCAAUUAAAAAGUUCAAGACGGAAAGAGAGGGAGUAGAACAGUUGCAUUAUACUGGUAUUUCACAAAGUGCAUGUAGAGAAAUGUCUUUGUGCCGAGAACUGAAUAAUAAGCAUUUGACGCAGUUGGUUGAAAUUUUCCUCGAAAAGAAAAGUAUCUACAUGGUAUCUGAGUUUGCCGAACACGAUCUACUUCAAAUCAUUCACUUCCAUUCUCAUCCAGAAAAACGAUUGAUACCCCCAAAAAUGUUAAAGUCGAUAAUAUGGCAAAUUUUAGACGGUGUGUCGUAUCUUCAUCAGAACUGGAUUCUCCAUAGAGAUCUAAAACCUGCAAACAUCAUGGUCACCGUAGAUGGCUGCGUUAAAAUUGGUGAUCUGGGAUUGGCCAGAAAGUUUCACAAUAUGGUUCAGACUUUAUACACGGGUGAUAAAGUGGUUGUUACAAUCUGGUACAGAGCACCAGAAUUACUACUUGGAGCAAGACAUUACACACCUGCGAUAGACUUAUGGGCUGUAGGUUGCAUUUUUGCUGAGCUGAUUGGUCUUCGACCAAUUUUCAAGGGUGAAGAGGCAAAGAUGGACUCUAAAAAAAGUGUUCCAUUUCAGGCAAACCAAUUACAGCGUAUUCUUGAGAUACUGGGAAACCCAACAGAGAAGACUUGGCCUAAUAUUUAUAAAUAUCCUGAAUAUGAACAACUUGCCAAAUUUCCUAGGUACAGAGAUAAUCUUCCGGUAUGGUAUCAUUCUGCUGGUGGUAGGGAUAAAAAUGCAUUAGAUCUGCUUUACCAGCUGCUACGCUAUGAUCCCGUCACAAGAAUUGACGCAAUCAAUGCAUUAGAUCAUCCUUACUUUGUUAACGGCGAUCCCACUGUAUGUGAGAAUGUAUUUGAAGGACUAAAUUACAAGUAUCCCCCAAGAAGAAUUCACACUAAUGAUAACGAUAUUAUGAACAUGAACGGCUAUAAGAACAAAAACGUUGCAAUUCAUCAACAACAGGCAGUAGGCACGAAUAAUGCUUCUAAUGCAGCUUUAGGUGGACUUGGUGUCAAUAGGCGUAUUCUAGCAGCUGCAGCCGCAGCUGCAGCUGCCGUAUCAGGUAACAAUUCUUCAAUACAAGGAAGCACUUCGACGAAUAUCAGUGGUCCGUCGAGAAAGAAAAGGAGGUAG